GGCGAUUUGACCUUGUAAUGAUUAGUAUUUAGAUAAUAUAAAUAUAUCUUAAGUAAUGGAGUUACUAUGUCUCUGAGUCUUUAGAUUUUUUUUAAAAAAUAUUUUAAUUGUUACUAUUCGAUAUUGUACAUUAAAAAGAGAAAAAAAAGAAGAAAUUUAGUUGCUAUGAGCAAUAAAAGAAUUAAACAAUCUAUGCCAAUAUGGUCAACAUGUUUUUGUAUUGAUACUCAUCGUUGUGGAUUAUUUAAACAAACCAAUCGAAAAUUAGCUUAUUUCAUACAAAAAGGUAAUCUUCCAGCAAUUGAACAUAUAUUGAAACGAAUAAAACAACCAUUAAAUAAUUUAACUAUAAUUGUGAAACGACAUCAAUUCAAUACAUUCUAUCCAUAUUUAAUGAAUCAUCAUCAUCAUCAUUAUUUUUAUCAAGAAUGUUCACCAGUUCUAUGGGCUAUAGAUUGUUUACAAUGGAAUGUUUUACCAUUAUUAUCCUAUUAUGGUAUCGAUAUCAAUCGUCCACAAUUAUGUCGUCGUUGGACAAAUUGUAUAUGUAAAAAGAAUUCACGAUCAAAUAAUAAUAAUAAUAUAUUGCCAUAUCGGAAAUUUUGGACACAUGGUCAUUAUACAUAUCAAUCUGCAUUAGAUUAUUUCUUUGCUAGUAUUUAUGAAUAUAUCAAUGAUAAUUAUUUAAAUGAUAUUAAUCUAUUAACAUUUUAUAAUAUACAUUUAACAAAUCUAUUAACAAAAGGUAUUGAUAUACAUCGUAUUAAUUCAGUAAUUAUAUUUAAUUUAUUAGCAAUUAGUUUUAAUCAAUCUUUAUAUCAAUCUAUCACAUCUAUAAAUAAUCAUUUAAUAUUAACAAAAAUCAAUAAUCAAUCAUUUAUUGAAUUAUUGAUUAUUAAAAAACUUAUUAAAAAUGGUUAUUCACAAUUUGAAUGUAUGGAUUAUUUAUAUUCCUAUUGUAAUUGGUUUAGUAUAUUAUUAUGUAUAUUAUGUCAUCCGAAUAUUGAUCUAUAUCAUAUUAAUAAUAAUAAUAAUAAUAAUAAUAAUAAUGGUAAUAAUAAUAGUAAUGAUAGUAUGAUUAGUAACAAUAAUAAUAGCAAUAAUAAUAAUGAUAGUGAUAGUAAUAAUAGUAAUAGUAAUGAUAAUAAUAAUAGUAAUAAUAAUAAUAAUAAGAUGCCAAAAAUGAUAAAACAAUCAAUAUUAUUAUUGAUUAAUUUACUUGUAUUAAAAUGUACUAUUCCAACUAUAGAAGAGUUUUCGGAAUUCAUUGAAAAUUUACCAUUAUGUAAAUUAUAUAUUAAAUAUAAUAAUAAUAAUAAUAAUAAUAAAUAUAAUGAAUUUUAUAAACGUUUAAUUCAAUUACAUCAAUUAUGUAAUCAAUUAAUGAAUAAACCAUUUAGUUUAAAAUUAAUAACAAGAAAUCAAAUAAGAAAACAAAUUGGUGGUAUUGAUUUUCACAAAAAAAUCAAUAAUAUUGAUUUACCUAAACAAUUAAUUACCUUUAUACAAUAUAUUAAUUAUGAACAAUUUGUAAUUAUGAAUGAUAUACCAAAACAAUUCAUUCAAUUUAUACAAAGUGAAUGGAUUGAUAUGAAUUCAACUAUAGAUUGUAAUGAUAAUACAUUGGAAGAAUCUAUGAAUAUAUUCAAUCAAUCGAAUGAUUUAGAACAGAUCAAUAAUCAUGAUAAUAAUCAUGAUAACGAAGAACAAUUACCUAUGAAUAAUAAUAAUAAUAAUAAUAAUAAUAAUAAUAAUAAUAAUAAUAAUAAUAGUUUACAACGUGGUAGAGCCUCAGAACGUCAACAUAUUCAUAUGUAUCAAAGAAGAAUAAAUAAACAUAAACAAUCAUUAAGACCUACAUCUGCUCCAUUACUUAGAACAUUUGUUAGAUAAGAAAGAAGAAAAAAAAGAUUAUCUUUUUUUUAUUUACGUGGAAACUACAUUUAUCUCAGGGAUUAUAACAACCACCACCACAACGAAAAAAAUAAAUAAUGAAAUACUGAUCCUUCAAUGAUUUUUAUUGAUUUAAUUUUCUUGUUACCUUCUCUCUCUUCCCCCAAUAUUUAUUUGUUUAUGAUAAAAGACAUAAAAUUAUUGUUUUAUUAAAUUAUUCAAUUGAUUAUUAAUCAAAUCAAGUGUAAAGAAUGUUCUAAUUUUAUUUUAUUAUUAUUUAUUGUUGUUCUCCUUAUCAUUGGUGGUGAUGGUGGUGUUGUGUUGUUAUUUUGUCCGAAUGAUUCUUUUCUUAUUUCUAUUGAUUGUAUAUUGAUUUUUUGAUAUUUUGUUAGUACCACAUAUUAAACCUAGAAUACAAUUAAUGAACAUUCCCAUUAUGCUUAGACUUUGUAAAUUAUUGAUUAGUUCAAUACUUAUUUAUAUUGUUAAUGUGAUACAUAAAUAAUACCAUAGUCAAGAGGGGGGGAGAGGAUUGUUUUUCUUAUUACAUCAUUAUGCUUGUUCGUUUGUUUGUUUUUUUGAGAAAGAAAACAUUUUUUUUAUACAGAAAUUCUUUAAUAACCUUAAGUACAAUCUUUGACAAGAUCAAUAUGUAUGUUAAUCGUUUGUUUAAUUUAUGAUCAAUUUUAUCAACGAUCAAAUCUAAUCUUCAAAUGAUCACUUACUUACUUACAUACGCCUGUUACUCCUUGUGAAAGAGUAUAGGCCGCUCACUAGCAUUUUCCAUCUAACCUUAUCUUGGGCUUCAAUAAUCAAUUCAAUGAUUAUUGAUUUUAAAAUCAUUCAAUAUUUGAUUGUUUAUUGUUUGUAUUUUGUUUUUCCUAUAAAUAUUUGUUUGUUUACUUGUUACUAUGUAUGUAUGUAUGUAUGUUUAUGUUGAUCACUUGUAAAUAUAUAAAUAUCGAUUUAGAUAUAGAAGAUUUAUGAUAAUUAAAAAAAUUUUUUUUAGAAAUUGUCUAUUAUUUAUUGAUUUUUUGUUUAUUUAUUUAUUUAUUGAUUGUUUUUAAAGGAUAAAAUUUAAAAACAAAUAAAUAAACCAAC